AGAACACACACACCCAAAAAAAAAAAAACAGAGACGAGUCGAGUCGAGUUGAAGCAAAAGAAGAAGCAGCAGCAGCAGCCGGGCCAGAUCUGGCGGUCGCCACCACAAGAUCCCGUCGACGAGGCCACCAUGCUGCCCACCACGGCGUCCAAGGGCCGCGCCGCCACCCGCUCCGCGCCGCCGCUCUUCGGCCCCUACCUCCGCCGCAUCGUCAAGUGGCAACAAAUGGAUAUUGAGUACACAUUUUGGCAAAUGGUCCAUCUCUGUACUUCACCAAAAGUAGUCUAUCAGCACACCAAAUAUCACAAACAAACAAAGAACCAGUGGGCUCGAGAUGAUCCUGCUUUUGUUGUAAUUCUAAUUCUUUUCCUUGUGUUUGCAACAUCAGCUUACUGUGCAGCAUAUGGAGAGAGUGCCUCACAUGCUGCUUUAACAAUCACUUCGGUUGUGUUGGUCCAUUUCUUGUUUGCUGGGAUAGUUCUGGCCACACUUUGCUGGUUUCUUACAAAUUCUUAUUUGAGGGAGGAACCUAACAGCCAUGUGGUUGAGCAACGUGUGGAGUGGCUCUAUGCAUUUGAUGUUCAUUGCAACUCAUUCUUCCCAGCCUUUGUCAUCCUAUAUGUGCUUCAAUAUUUUCUAUCACCUCUAUUGGUUGCACACGGCUUCUUUCCUGCCCUAUUAUCAAAUCUCCUGUUCGUGGUGGCAAUUUCUUAUUAUCACUACUUGAACUUUCUGGGAUAUGAUGUUCUUCCAUUUUUGGACAGAACAACAUUUUUCUUGUAUCCAAUUGGGCUUGUCAUCAUUCUGUCUCCACUUAUGAUACUCAUAGGAUUCAAUCCAACAAGAUACUUUUUGAGCUUGUACUUCGGUUAAGGUCGAUAAUUAGAAAACACUAAGAGAAGACUGGUGACAGAACUAAUGGCAGAUUGGGUACACACAUUUUUACUCUAGCUUCUUAGAUCAUCAUUGUGUGAAUUUGAGGAGUGAGUGAGGUGCAGAUAAAGGUCGAUGCGUUGUUGAGAUAUAUAUAUUACUGGCAGCGUGGGCCGCUGGCAUGGGCCUUGACUGGAGUCCAUUUUGGUGUCAACUUGUUCAUAAUAUGUGUUGUUUCCAUUGCUUGAAGAGUCCAAGGACCGGUGUACAAUUUUAGUGGGAACCGGAAUUUAAGCCUUUUGUAUGGAAAGGGCACCAGCAUUGUAUUUUCACCUGGCUCAGAAUCGUGAGUUUUUAGUG